AUGGCUAAACGUACAUUGGGAUUGGGCAAAGCAGCCAAAGCAAAGAAACAGAAACUUGAAAGCGAGCCAAAUACCAACGAUAAAAGUUCAUCUGAAGAUUCAACAAAUCAAUUGACAGUGGAGCUACCUGAAGAAGUUGAUGCUGAUGAUGAAAUCUCCCAAUUGAAAGGUCUUUACAAAGCAUAUAUAAACUCGGAUCGUGAUAAUGAGCUAAUAGUCAAUGGUAUUAUUCACGAGUGUGACAGAUUGUUGCGUAAUCAAGAAGAGGGUGCUGCAUUACCACCCACUUUUUACAAAAUUUACUCAAUCGCUUUGAGCGAACUCGCCAACUUCCACAUCGACGAUGUUAAGCAAAUCAAGGAAUAUUUCGGUGCUAGUUUGGAAAGAAUUGAAACUGGGUUAGAGAAAUACCCUGGUGAUGUUGAAUUGUUGCUUACUCGUUCCAAAAUUUUAAUAAAUCAAAUUGUUUUGCAAUUUGUAUCGCAAUUAAAAUUGAGUAGUGAGAAAGAUGAGGCUAAUGUCAAGGAAUUGUUGGACAAUGCAUUGAAAGUGUAUGAGCUGGCAGAACAGAAGGCAAGUGAUUUAUCAACAUUUGAUGCCUUCAAUAAUGAUGAAUAUUUUGACAUUUUGGAAGCAGUGGAUGACUUGUUAGAUAUUGUUGAUAAUUUUGGCAAAGAUGAAGCGGGUGACAACGACGAUGAAGAGACAGAAGUAGAUGGAAAAAAUGAGAGAAAAGAUGAUAAAGAUGGCAGACACUUCGAUGAUGAAGUCGAUGAUGAUGAUGAUGAUGGUGGGGUUGAAUUAGAGGAGACUCACCCAUUAUAUCCAAUCAAAAACACUGAUGAGUACAAUCAAUGGUGGAGAGAUCAUACAAUCAAAUACCUCGAAAACUUAAAUAAAGUAGAAUCCCCCUCUGAGUCUUUGAUCAGAGAAGUGAACCAAAGAUUGGGACAAUCGUACUUGCAGGAAUCAGAAAUUCCAACCAAUGUAUACACUACAUUGAAAUACGACGAGGACUAUGCAGGCUUGGAAGAGUUGGAAGGUUUAACUUUAUAUCAAGCGCAAGACAUUGCCAAAGAUCUCAUACACAAGGCAUUGGGUCAUUUAAAGAAAGCCGAGGACAAAGAAGAGCCUGAAUCUUGGGUGAAUAUAGCUGAGGCAAUGAUCACGUUGGGAAAUUUAUAUGAAUUGGAUUCAAAAGAGCAGGAGCAGUUGUAUGAUGAGGCAGAGACAAUUUUAAAGAAAGCAAACAACGCCACCAAUGGGAAGUAUCAAGAUGUGUUGGAGAAUCUCUUGGCGAAUCAGUAA